AUGUCGCAGGAGUCAAUAGCGGAGGCCUUUGUUGCCAACGGCAUGCAGCCUGGCGCGAGUACGGGGAACAUCUACGCCGGUGUUGGAGCCCAGGCAGCAUCAAGCGACGGCAGCAUAGCUCAGCGCAAGCCUGAGCGGGCGCCGAGUGCCAGAUCCUCGCGUAAGGGCCAUAAUCACCAUCGCUCCCAAUCGCGCCACCCGCCGCCGCACCCCCACGAACUCAAGACGGUUGGCGAAUAUGCGCUGCACCACCUGUUCAACUCGUUCAUUAGCCAAGCCGAGCAGAAGAUCAAUCAGUGCAUGACUGAGAGAGGGCAGCCCGAGGCCAGGGUAGAGGGUGUCUGCGGACCUGGUGUAGACCCCACCUUCGACCAGCUCAUAGCAGCCCUGGGGCACAUUGCGCGCCAUAAGCCGAAGCCUCUCAUAGAUACCAUCAUGCUGUGGCGGAAAGCAAAGAGUGAGGAAGCGUCCAAACAGCGUACUCAGCUGCUUAAUGCCCGACAAGUCACUCCGGGACUCCAACUCCACCCCGCCCUGUCUCGACGCAAUACCGAACCCGUCCAGCACCUGGAAAACCAAUCUGCAGCCUCUGUGGCAUCUGGGCCUGAUCACAUUGUCGCUCUACAACAGACUGUCACCCAAGCUGAGCAGCGUUCCACCGUCUCAACCUACAUCCUCUGCCGCGUACUGAUCGAGAUCAUGACGCAAACCGACCUCCACAAUCUGACUUUUGAGAUGGCCGAUCGUCUUCUUGGUCUUUUCUACGGCCAGCUUAGCACUGUUGACCCUGAUCUAGUGGACAUAUCCCCGCUCAACCUCGCCAACUGGACCAUCUAUAGCCAGCUGCUCGGCGUACUCAGUGGACUUAUAUUCGAACAAGUGCAAGAAAAGUUUGUCGCCGACCUGAAGAUUGUUGAUGGCCACUUGGCUAUGAAGAACCAGUACAACAGAGACCACGAGGCUAAAGGCGCCCUGCUCAUUCGCGCUCUAAGACACCUGCAAGUAAAGUCAUAUCCCGAGGAGACAUGGGACCGGACGUGCGACUUCAUGCUCUCCAUGGCCAAGCUCUUCACCAGUGCCCACGGCCAGCCGGUCAAAUAUGCUUAUUGUCAAGUCUUGCGGGAACUGUUGCUCCGCAUCACCUCCAAGGCUACCAUUGAGCUCAAUGCACCCAAGUGGAAGACCGUGAUCGAUAUGAUGAAGCAGCGCGCUGCCAUAUUGCUAGGCAAGCCAAAACACUGGCACGAAGCAUUUCCACUCAUGGUUGCCAUCUUAUGUGCUUCUCCGACUGAAACAUUUCUCUCGCAGUGGCUCGCGCUUGCCUUGUCUACUCAGCCACGACUCAAGGAGCGCGCAACGAGAGCCAUCGCCCUUCGAGGUAUAUGCCGGUUGGUGUGGACUUACAUUUACAGACGGGGAACUGAAGCACCAAACGUCGCCAUACGCCGAUUAGAUGAGAUUAUACGGAUGGUAUUUCAACCGGGAAGGCGGUCAUACCUUUCGACCGAACCAGCCAUCGCCGAACCCUUGAUACAACUCACGCGCAUCAUCGGCUACAAGUACCAAGAUCUUUGCUUCAAGACCAUCAUCUUUCCUCUACUCAAUUCGGACAUGUUCAUGUCAGGGCGAGAGUUGCGCGUCGAAAAUCUGGAGCCUGAUCGUAUGGUCAUCGGUAUCCGCUCCUUCCUCGCUAUCAUGGCUGAUCUUGAGAACACCGAGCAGCCGCCCUUCCCGCUCACGUUCGACUACGAUCCAAAUGUGUUUUCGAACGAGCUUCCUGCUCUUCCUUCUAGUCCGCGGCCUCUGCAACCCCUACCUAUAAAGUCCAGUCUCCUCAAGGAAGAGCGUCUUUCACGUCCUGUGAAUUUCGCUGGUUUCGCCGAAGUGGCCAAAGAGUACUAUAUCCGCUUUUGCAAAAUCUUGGGAGAAAUUACUAUUAUAUGCGACAAUGCGUUUGGAGGACAGGCCGUGCUCGACGAGAAGUUCUCCUCGCAAACACCAAAAACGCCCAUGGCAGCGGCUUUCAGUUUCGCUCCUCGCGAAGACUACCACGUGAAUACUACGGAUCUGCGGCAAGGGUUCUAUGAUCUUCUGCAUGUCGCUGUUCAGGCUUUACCCCGCUGCUUGUCCCCACAUAUACCCUUCAACUCACUUGUAAAUUUGUUAUGUACUGGAACCGCUCACGUUCAAAGCAACAUCGCCGUGUCGUCCGCUCAGUCACUCAAGUCGAUAGCCCGACAGUCACAUGCACAGCAAGUCACGAUUGGCUUUGCACGUUUCAUCUUCAACUUCGACGAUCGUUACGCUACCAUGUCUGAUGGUGGCAUGCUCGGAGCUGGGCACAUUGAGAACACCUUGAGGCUCUACGUGGAGCUACUAGAGAUAUGGAUUGAAGAGAUUAAGCGGAAAACACGCAAAGCAGCACUGGACACGCCCGAUGAUGGUUCUGGGAAUCGCGCUGCUCAGCUUGAUCUUUCUUCGGUGUGGGCGCACGUUGAUGAAGUCGAGUCUCAUGGCCUCUUCUUCCUAUGCUCUCCUUCACAUCGUGUUCGCUCCUACGCCGUCACCGUGCUACGUCUCAUCACUGAGUUCGAUACGGCUCUGGGUGGCUCCAAUACCCGUGUCAUCCGUGUAAUGGAGGGCAGUCCCCAGAGGGUGCUGGACAUUAGCGAUGAGAAGCUGUCGCUAGCUGAACGUAGUCGUUUACAACGCGGUAUGCGCAAGAGCAAUGUGCAGAGCACGCUCGUGGAGCUUUGUGGUAGCGACGUGCCGUACGACGCUACCCUAUGGUUCAAGAUUUUCCCAAACCUGGUGCGAAUCAGCUUUGAAGUCUGCCCUUUUGCUGUGACUCUUACUCGAGACAUAGUCUGUGCCAGACUUGCUCAGAUGUAUCGUACUCUAUCCUCCUUGGCCGAGGGUCAGCGUACAACCCCAUAUUCACCCUUCGAGCCCGGUAAUACCAAGUUCAGUGGCCGCCUUGCUUCCACCUCACCAGAAGUCGUCAUCGAACAAUGGAAACUCUAUCUCAUAUUUGCCUUCACAACAUUGACGAGCCUGGGUCCGACGGCCAUUUCAGCCACGCAAGGGCAGCAUUCACGCAAGAGCUCAAAAUCUUCGCAGACUAGCACAAAUAAGCAACAUACUGCCACCGAGUUGUUUUCUAAAGUCCUCCCCUUCCUGUCAGUGGAAAACGCCGCGAUACGAGAUGCUGCGGUUAUCGGACUAGGUUCCGUUAACCUGAAUCUUUAUCGUACGCUGCUCGAAUCGCUUCAGGGAAUCGUGGCUGCUUGUGCAGAGGAAGCUAAGAUGCGUCUGGGUAAUCACAAUAGGACCAUCAGCAGUCCUCGCCCAAUCAACUAUCGGACCGAUCAUCUUCGAACAGAGAUUACACACGUAUACAAGCUAACGUCACAACAAUUCCUCAAACUUCCGGAAGCUCACAAUGAUGAGUGGAUUAUCAACAAUCUGAUGAAUUACACUAAGGAUCUAAGGAUAUUCCUUAGUGAUACGGAAGUUCAGCUCGAGGCACGCUACCAGAAGUUACGUACGCACUACUGUGGCCUUGUUGAGGUUCUGUUUGAGGGCAUCAACAAGACUAGUGACCCCUUGCACUGGAUGCCGUUCCAAGCUCGCAAAGCGGCAUUUACUUUGAUGGAAGAAUGGUGCGGAUACGCGGCAAAUCAGUCUCAGAUCCGUCAGCGAGAGGAGCAGAUGCGCCGUUCCAUGCUUGAUCGGGAGGUAGAUAAGAGCAGCAAAGGUAACGCGACUGCAGCUCUUGAAAUCGAAAAACGCGAUCUUAGAACCGCAGCUUUGAGCGCUAUGGCUGCGUUAUGUGGCGGGCCUGUCAGUAUCACAACCGAUAGUAAGGUCUUGCUUCAGUUCGAUGUUAUUCGUAUGCUCUCGUGGAUACAGAGCAUCUUCGAAACCCCGAGCGAUCGAACACACGCCAUUGGUCGCCGGGCACUCACCAACCUCAUACUGCACAAUCGCGAGCAUCCAUAUUUGCUGGAUAAAGCAAUCGAAAUGUGCUAUCUGGCAGUUUCUGGUAAAGCUCUAGAGAGCUACUUCGAAGUUGUUACUCAGGUCCUCACACAACACGAGGAUUACACAUUGCCGUUCUGGAAGGUGCUAAGCGCUGGUCUUUACACGCUUGGACACGAGAACAGCGAGAUACGCACAAAGUCUACGCGAUUGCUUCGCACACUUGAGGCUCGUGAGGGGAAGAAUUCCAAGUUACAGGACCUGGAUAUCAGCAUCUCUGACAAGACAGUCGCGGUGUACAAACUUGCACAGUUUGAGACAUCACGAAGGCUUGCCAAGCAGCAUGCCGAACUCGCCUUCUUGGUCUUUUCGCAAUUCUCAUACUACUUUAAAGAUCUCAAGCCUGACCACAAGCGCAACAUGGUUGCCGCUAUGCUUCCUUGGGUACAAUCUGUCGAACUUCAGGUGAAUCCAGACGGAGGACCGACUGCUAAUUCCUACAUGUUACUCGUCAAUCUAUUCGAAAUCACCUACAGAUCAGGCAACGUACUACACAACGAAAUUCAAGCACUCUGGCAAGCACUUGCAACCGGACCGUACGGUGGUAACGUUCAACUCAUCUUGAACUUCAUCAUCAACCUUUGCCUAGACAAGCGAGAACAAAAUUACGUCGACUACUCCAAACAAAUCGUAGUCCAUCUGUCUAGCACUCCUGCAGGGCUGAAAGUGGUGGAGUUCUUGCUCUUACAGAUUAAUCCGCGGUCUAUGGUGAGCGAAAAGCGAGAGCCUAUGCCGCCACCACCAGAUGCCGUCAAUCUUCCAUACCUGGCCGAUCUCACUCAGGUUUUGCCAAGUAGCAAUAAGCAGUCUGGCUUUGCUUUGGGACAGGUUUGUCUCAUCUUGCUGGUUGACCUUAUGGUAUCCCCAGUAGAGGUAGCCAAAGAGCACAUUCCAUUGCUUCUACAAGUGGUCUUGGUGCUUUGGGAUCAUUACACUUCUGUAGUUCAGGACCAAUCUCGCGAGAUGCUUGUGCAUUUGAUUCAUGAGCUAGUCAUAUCCAAAAUCGAAGAUGAUACGCCGGGCAUCGAUAAAAGAUCUAUCGAAGACUUCGUCGAGAGCAUUCGACAACAUGACACCAAAGUGGUAUGGAGCUACGACGACAAGAACGGCAAGGACGUGGCAGACUCAACCUUCAAAGUCCCUGAGCCAAUGGAGUACGUUGCUGGCGAGGUGAUGAAAUUCUUCUCAUUCGCAUACCCUGGGCUAAGAGAAGCUUGGGGUCGAGUAGCACUGAAUUGGGCCACGUCUUGCCCGGUCCGGCAUAUCGCGUGUCGAUCGUUCCAGUUGUUCCGCUGUAUUCUGAGCUCGCUCGAUCAGCAAAUGCUUUCGGACAUGCUCGCUAGACUUUCCAACACGAUCUCGGAUGAGGAGAGUGACAUACAAACUUUCUCCAUGGAAAUAUUGACAACAUUACGAACCAUCAUUGAAGCACUAGCGCCGGAAGAUCUGAUACAGUACCCUCAACUGUUCUGGACCACCUGCGCAUGUUUGGAUACUAUACACGAAGGCGAGUUCAUGGAGAGCCUCCUGAUGCUAGACAAAUUUCUUGACAAGCUUGAUCUGGGUGACGAGGAGGUUUUGAGCAUCCUAGAAGAAAGUUGCCCAGACAAAUGGGAGGGCAAGUUCGAAGGCCUUGCUCAACUAACGUACAAAGGCAUCAGAUCCAGUACAUGCCUGGACCGGUCUUUGCGAAUCCUGGAAAGAUUGGUGGUAUUACCUUCUAGCCGCAUUGUUGGCGACGACAGCCGACUGAUGUACACCAUUCUCGCAAAUCUGCCAAGGUUUCUACGUUCAUUCGAUUCCACGGCACAAGAUUCCAGUAUUCGCACUACUGCCGAAGUGCUUGCACAAGUCGCAGACCAGCACUACCAGUGCACAUCGCUCUCCGAAGCAUUGACCGCCUUUGCAAUGAAGAGGUAUCGUCAGGAGAAAGAUUUCCUCGCGCAGACACUGUCGGCUAUACGUUCGACAUUCACUUCGGAACAUGAAUUUGGUAGCCUAGUAUUCCUUCUCGGUCUGCUGAUGAACAAGAUUGAUUGGAUGAAGAUCAACACGAUGGAAGUGCUCUGCGUCUUGUUACCUGAAAUCGAUAUGCGCAAGCCGGAAAUGGCCUCUAAAGGAUCUGAUCUUUUCUCGCCUCUCCUACGACUACUACAAAGCGCAUACUGCCCACAAGCUUUGAAGGUUCUUGACUUCGUCAUCAAUCUCAACAUGACUAGUACUCUUACGCCAUUCGACAAGCAGCACAUCCGUAUGAGCAUGGCAGGCUCCCACUCUACUAGGGGAUACAAGAAGCAGUUCGAGAAGACGCAAUCAUUGUACGGUAUUCCUGAAGAAAGCGGCUGGUCCAUUCCAAUGCCUGCUUUGCAUUCGCAGCUGACAAGAGCGAAUGUUCACGCUGUUUUCUAUACCUGCGGAAAUUUCGACGACAUGAAUAUACCAGACACUGAGACGCCCAAGGUGGAGUUCCGUCAAGAGGAGUUCCCGUUCAGCCCAUUAUCCGACUACCACCGGACGGCGACUAUGACUUCGGAAGAUACUCGCGGCGACAGUCACAUUGGUGAGCUGGUCAUGAAACUAGACAGCUUGGACGACUUCUUUGAGGACGAUGACGAUGUAGAAACGUUGACGGAUUUGCCAAACUUCGCGUCCUCGGGGCGCUACGGUAAUGGGCCAUAUGCCCACGACAUGCGCGAGAACCUCUACGACCAGCAAACGGCGCCUAUCUUGCACAAAUCACUCACACGGAACGCAUCCGUGACUUCCUUCCAAUCAGGUUUCAUUUCCGAUGUCAAGCUCUCCCCGGCUAGAGACCCAGGUGUAAUGACCCCGGGGGCAUUCAGCUCCUUCGCCAACUCCUCUACCAGCACCUUACCCCCAACAAGUCAUCCCCGCCCUGGUCUCCAUUCCCGCUCCGUGACUUCACCCUCUGCGCCAAAUCAGCCUCAACGUAUCUCUCCUUCUCUCUCGUCCACCACCCUCGACGAACAAAACGAGCCCUUCUCCGAUGACGAGUACUCCGCAGGUCGAUCGAGCAGCACAGACAAAGGCGGUACUUUCAGUCUGGAGAACAUCAUUAAACCUGUUGCUCACGACACGAGGAGCCGCUUCAGAAGCGGUAUGAGACGACUGACCGGAGGAGGUGGGGACAACAAAGAAGGUGUGAAGUCGAGAGAUGCAAUCAAGCUGGCGUUACAGAAGAGUCCGCAGGUGCCAAAGGUACCUGAUAUCUAUCUAGUGAACCCAAAGAGUGCGGAUCUGUAA